AUGUUAGCAUCGGCAUCGGAUUUCUCGAGUUCAGUUUCAUCCAAAAAACCCAUCGCCGAAGAAAAUGUUAUUCAAGAAGAGAUAAGCGCCGUCGAAAAAGUGGAGCCAUCAAAAGGAAGAGCGACGCGGAUUUGCAAAACUCCGCAAAAGAAACCGGAAGCUCCGCGAGCCACGAAUGGAUAUAAUGAGGAAUUGAUUGCGUUUCAGGAAAAUGCUCUUUCGGAUAUGUUUAAGACUAGAGAUGAACCUGUAAAAUCGAAGGAGGCGCUGGAGAAGGGGAAAAGAUCGAAACCUUCGAGGAAAUCUGAAUUGAAAGAUACACAGACUUGUGAAUAA